CCCGAGCUGACGCUGCGCUGGCCCGGGCUGCGCGGGCCACACGUGCGUCUGACGUGGACGGCGUGCGUGCGUGGCCCCGAGGACCCGGAGGACGCGCCCUGGGUGACCCUCGACCCCCGUGAUGACCCUGAUGACGUGCACGUGGUGACCCCGGGGCAGACGCUGCGGCUGCGCUGUGCGGCGCAGGGUUCGGAAACACCACGCGUGGCCUGGACGCGGCCCGACGGCUCCAUCCUGCGGGGCGAUGAGGACGGUGGCCAUGACGGGGGGACAACGCUGGAGAUCCACGGGAUGCGCCAGGCCGACGCUGGCUGGUACCGCUGUGAGGCCCGCGUGGGGCGCCGCGGGGAAACCAAGGCAUGGCGUGUGGCCUACGGCGGGGACGGAGCCACGGGGUCCGGGGCCUACACGGAAGAAGAAGCCAUGGAAUCCGAGGCCUAUGGUGUGGAUGAAGCCACAGGAUCCAAGGCCUACGCUGUGAAUGAAGCCAUAGGAUCUGAGGCCUACACUGAGGAGAAAGCCAAAGGAUCCAGUGCCUAUGGCUCAGAUGAAGCCAUGAGAUCCGAGGCCUACACUGAGGAAAAAGCCACGAAAUCUGAGACCUAUGGUGAAGAAAAAGCCUACGCUGUGAAUGAAGCCAUAGAAUCCGAGGCCUAUGGUGCAAAUAAAGCCAUAGAAUCCGAGGCCUUCACUGAGGAAAAAGCCAUAGGAUCUGAGGCCUACACUGAGAAGAAAGCCACAAGCCCUGCAGCCUACACCCUGUCUGAAGCCACAGGCCCCGCGGCCUACACCAGCUUUGAAGCCACAGCCCCCGCGGCCUACACCCCUUCUGAAGCCACAGCCCCCGCGGCCUACACCCCUUCUGAAGCCACAGCCCCCACGGUCUACACCCCGUCUGCAGCCCCGGGCCCUGCGGCCUAUGGCGGCUUUGAGUCCGCCGUGGCGGGCCGGGCGCACCGCGUGUUCGUAGUGGCGUCGCGGGCGCCAGCAGCCACGGCUCUGGCGCUGCCUGCCGGCGUCGCGCUGCGGCUGGGCUGCCGAGCGGAGGCGGAGCCGGUGGCGCGCGUGGGCUGGCUGCUGCCGGGCGGGCGCUGGGCCUGGGGGGGGACGGAGCUGGGGACGGAUGGCGUCGGGGUCGGGGCGGACGGGACGGUGAUGCUGCCCACGCUGGGCCCAAGGCAUGCCGGGCGCUAUGUGGGCGUGGCUGCCAACGCGCUGGGGCUGGCGCGCUGGGACGCCGACGUCAGCGUGGGCGGGGCGGCGGGGGACAAGAUGGCGGAAGUCAAGAUGGAAGGCAACAAGAUGGCGGAAAGCAAGAUGGAGGGAAUUAAGAUGGUGGAUUCCAAGAUGGUGGACACCAAGAUGGCGGACUCCAAAAUGGAGGGAAGCAAGAUGGCCGAAAACAUGGCAGAAUCUAACAUGCCCGAUGCCUACAUGGCGGAUUCCAAGAUGGCCAAAACAAGAUGGAGGGAACCAAGAUGGAUGGAUCCAAGAUGGUAA